ACCGAGUACCAGAGGUACUGCAGCGACGCCGAGCUGACGUAAGGCGCGGGUGAUGACGCGGUGCGGGUCGGUGACGACCUAUAAGCGGGACAAGGUGGCGGCGGGGACCGAGAAACUGAGGAAUGGCUCCGUCACCGACCAAGCGUAAAGAACACGGUCAAGAGAAGUCCAAGGACAGGACGAAGGAGAAGGCCGGCGUCAAGGAGGCGAGCGAGAAAGAACGAGGGCGUGACAAGAACCGCAAGAGGAGAAGUGCGUCGACAGGGAGCAGCAGCACCAGCUCCAGCUCCAGUUCGGGCUCCAGUUCCAGCUCAGCCUCCAGCAGUGGCUCCAGCUCCUCGUCGGCCUCCAGUCGCUCUGGGAGUUCCAGCAGUUCCCGCAGCUCCAGUUCCAGCAGCUCCUCGGGAUCACCGAGCCCGUCCCGGCGCAGACACGCCAACAGGAGGCGCAGCCGCUCAAAGUCGAAGUCACUGAAGCGGGAUGACAAAGAGAGGAAGAAGCGAAGUCCCACUCCCCAGCCCACCAAGGUGCACAUCGGCCGGCUGACCCGCAACGUCACCAAGGACCACAUCAUGGAGAUCUUCUCAACCUACGGCAAAAUCAAGAUGAUCGACAUGCCCCUGGACCGACUGCAUCCACACUUAUCCAAGGGCUACGCCUACGUGGAGUUUGAGAACCCCGAUGACACAGAAAAGGCUCUGAAGCACAUGGAUGGAGGUCAGAUUGACGGGCAGGAAGUGACGGCCACGGCAGUACUUGCGCCGCGACCCCGGCCGCUGCCCCGCCGCAUCACGCCACCACGCCGGAUGCCACCGCCGCCGCCCAUGUGGCGCAGGACACCCCCGCGUAUGAGGAGGAGGUCCCGGUCACCACGGAGACGAUCGCCAGUCCGCCGACGUACCCGCUCGCGGUCUCCCGGCCGCCGCCGGCACCGCAGCCGGUCCAGCUCCAACUCCUCGCGGUAAGGACGGGGGGGCGGGCGCCCCAACAUGGCCGGCCCGGCCAACAGCCACCUCAUACAUAAGAAAUGUAGCAAACUUUCCCCAUCUCUACUUCUGUUCAGGUUGUGUUUUACUUUGUGGGGGGGAGGGGAGGGGGGGGGUGGGGGGGAGGGGCAUGGCAAGGGAGUAAAUAUUUUCACGUUUGCACACAAAGUGCCGGAGUUUGGAUUUGGGUGCGAGGAGAGCUUCACCGUGGUGUUCCCGUGUGUCACCGACACAGAACGUCCUGAUUCACGGUGACGGGCGGUGCCAGAGGGUGUGGCUCGGUGCAAAUGCAGACAUGUGUGGGGCAUUGCUGUUGAUACAGGCUUUGGAUCACUCCGCCAGUGCCUCAUGCAGACCUCGUGCAGGACUUGGCCACUGGUCUGACUCACACUGGCCUGGCAACAAGAUGGGGCGGUCUAAACCCUCAACGGUUCCUCCACUUCAAGCUGUGGGUUGGGAACCGUGACGUUAUUCACGGAGGCUGAGUUACUACAGUCACCCUGUCCAGUUUUGUAUUGCUUUUUAUUUUCACCAUUUGCUGUAUUUGUACCAUUUUGUGUAUAAGUUCAGUAUCUCAAUAAACCGAGGAUCAGUAUA